AACUAAGACACAUAUGCAACAGCUAUCAUAGAAUGCAGCUAAAAUAGUCACAGCUCACUGUGUGCCCGACAUGACUGGUGAUGUUACCGGCAGAUGACAUGACUUCCUGGUGUUAGUUUACAGCUCCUGUCCCAGCUGGUUACAGGUGGAAGGGUAGUUAAUACAGCCUCUGACACAGCAGCUGGUGGAUGAGCUAGGACACAGCUGGUACAGGCGGUGGUACAGGAGGUAUUACAGAAGGUGGUACAGAAGGUGGUACAGAAGGUGGUACAGGAGGUGGUACAGGAGGUGAGCAUGAGAGGAAAGUUCCCAGGUGGUUGGCAAGGUCUGGUAUUGAUCGCUCAGCUGAUGCUUGCAACACUGGGGGAAACCUCCAUGACGAAAUCCCACGUUCUCGACAACCUCCUCCUGGCCGUUAGUGUCUAGCGUGGCGCUCCGUCUCUGUGUACACCCGCCUCGCCGCUACACCUGACCCAGCCUGCGCUAGCUAGGUCACCAUACACGGAAAACUUGGUGAGGGAGUGAGGAAUGAGGUGGUGAGUGAGAAGGGCAAUGCGCAGGCGCAGGUGCGGUCACCGGCGGUAUAUACCAGGAGGAGAGUCAGGAUGAAUCAGUGGGCGGUUAUCGUCCGUAGUAGUGAGAAGCGUCUAUAAGGCUGCCUGCUGCUGGGGCUUCCUUGCCUCGCUACUACUCCAGGGUUUCCCUCUGCCCAUCUCACACUUCCGGUCAUGAGCGACGUAUUGCUGAUCUGUAGCUCCUAGUGGUGAUGAACGGCGCAUCAUAGCUGAUCCGUAGCUCCUAGCAUUGAUGAACGGCGCAUCAUAGCUGAUCCGUAACUCCUAGCAGUGAUGAGCGACGCACCGUAGCUGAUCCGUAGCUACCAUUGGUGAUGAACGACGUACCAUAGCUGAUCCGCAGCUUCCAAUGGUGAUGAGCAACACACCAUAGCUGAUCCGCAGCUUCUAGUGGUGAUGAGCGACGCACCAUAGCUGAUCCGUAGUUCCUAGUGGUGAUGAGCGACGCAUCAUGAGAGUGCACUGCUGAGCGCUAUCCUGCUGUGCGUCACUACCUAUCCCCGAGGUGUGUGGAAUGGAACAAGAAGUCGGGUUGUGUUCCCUAGCUCACCAGUGUUACUCCAUCAACGCUGAGUUACAUACAUGGAUAUUUUUAUACUUGAAGGCGUUACUACGCCCAAGAUGAGCACCUGUUCUCCGUGACGUCUCCUCUAUACGUGAUAACUAACUACUGUAAUAUAACCUAAGUCUCAGUGUGUCUCCCACACACACACACACACACAGGUGCUAUCACAAUAAUCCAUAUUUUUGUACGACUAACAUUAAUUUAGUAUCUUGUUAAAGGAAUGAGUAGGUGUAAGCGGUAGCUUGUAAGCUACGACCAUCAGGGUGAGUGUGAGUACACUUAGAGGUACCUGAUUGCCGCGCGCGGGAGUCACAAUGAGCAUUGAGAAGGUAGCCAGUAGCCCAGCGGUGUCCAACACGGACGGCUGGUCAGACGAGGACGUGGCUCUUAGUGAAAACGAAGUGGCCGCCCUCAACGUGGCCUUAGGCGUGGGCAUGAGUGUCAGUGCCAACAACAGCGAGGAUGUCACCGAGAGGCACACAGUGGCAGACCUCACCUCCAUAGUGCCAUCCAGCGACCACUUGAUGUCCGUGGUCCGCCUUCAGCCCGUCUUGGAAGCGCCGGAAGCAGUCGAGAACGGCUCCAUCGGCUCUGGGGUGUCGGAUGAACCCGGCCAGUCCUUCACAGACAAGGUGGCAUCCUUCUAUAUCGGCGGAGACGAGGCUUUCUCUCCCAGGGAUGACAAAAUAUCGAGUCCUAGACAGUCUGUGGUGGGUCCUCGCCUGGUGCCGGUGGGGGAGGAGAAAGGGGAGGUGACCGCGAUGGAAUUCACUCCUCCUGACGGUGGCUACGGCUGGGUGAUCGCCUUCUCUGCUUGUUUCAUCAACUUGUGGAUUGUCGGCUUUAUCAAGAGCUACGGUGUUCUCUACGUGGAGAUACGUAACUCCUUCCCAGAAGCUUCAGCCUACCACACCUCCUGGCUACCGUCCUUACUCUCCACCGUAGGCCUAAUUAUAGCGCCGGUGACGGGGACUCUGUGUCGACGCUUCACCUCCAGGAAAGUGUCCUUCGUGGGAGGCUUCCUAUGCUUCCUGGGGAUGAUGCUGGGCUCUCUGGCCAGCAGUAUGACCCAGCUCAUACUCUCCGUCGGCCUCCUCACCGGUCUUGGAGCCGGGCUCACCACCACUCCUGGGAUACUCAUCGUCUCUCUCUACUUCGAGAAGCGGAGAACCUUUGCCUCCGCCAUCUGCGUCUCCGGCAACGCUCUGGGAGGAUUCUUUCUCCCGCCGCUUGUGGAUUACCUGCUCACCACGUAUGGGUUUAGAGGCACUCUGAUGCUAAUUGGUGCCAUGCAGCUGCACAUUUGCGUGGCGUCGAUGCUCUAUCGUCCAAUCUCCCACCAUGCCAUAGUGCAAGCUAUAGACCAGCAGAACCAAGAGGAGGAGGAGGAGACCAAUGGGUCCGUCCCUAAAGACAAGUUGGUACCUCAAAUACCGGCCUCCCCUCUCCCUAAACCUGCCCAGCGGCCCGUGCCCUCGUCUCCCAACACUCCCAUAACUCGCUCCAGAGCUCUCUGGCAUAAGAUGAUGCGAAGACGUCGCCUUUCUUCCACGACGUCAGCGGAAGACGCUGAGCUGCAGCGCCAAGUGUCCUUCCUUCGCAGCGCAUCCAUGAUGAACAGCAUUCCAGAUUUAACUCAUUACGCCCGCUCUUGGGCAGUCAAUCCGGACGCCAACUCAAUGGGCAGUCGUUCCUCCAUGAGAACAGGCUUUACCAUGGGCAGUAAAUCAUCACUAUUCAACACAACCACCAGUAAGUUGUCUCUCUCCAGGCUACCCAUAUUUGCCGAGCACCCGAGUGUUCUGCGACUCUCAGACGAGGAUGGCAGAGUAACAUCUGCACGCUUCCUACGAGGCAGCACGCGCAGACUCUCUCAGUCGUCUCGUGUAGCUCCAGCAGCUCUACCAGAGGUCAGGACGCAGCUCAACCGGCAGACAUCCAUCCGUACUGUACAAAGUAGAAUCAUGACAUCUGUCUUGGAGAGUGAGAAAGAGGACAAAGAAAAUCUUGUUCGUCCAUUUGCAGAAGAGAAAGGCGAAUAUGAUGAGACUCAAAUGACAACAGGUGACAACUUAGGGCUAAAACAGGAGGAGCAAGAGGUGGAGGUGAAGCGUCCCAACUGCUGCGUCCUUUGUUGCGUCAACUUCUGCGACUGCUCGCUCUUCAAGGAUGCCUUGUUCGUCAUCAUGGCACUAUCAGUCUUUCUGAUAUCGUGUGGAGCACCAUUCUCGCUGUUCUUCCUGCCAGCCUACGCUGAUACAGUGGACAUACCCUCCUCACUAGUACCCAACAUGCUCUCUAUCUCUGCUAUCAUUGACCUAGUGGGCCGCCUGGGCAUGGGCUUUGUAUCGGACCUGGGAUUCUUCGAAAUCACUCACAUCUACGCUGUAACUGGACUGAUGUCAGCAGUGGCAGUGUUGUUAAUGCCACACAUGACGAGCUUCGCCAGUUUGACUGGCAUCCUGGCACUGUAUGGGUUCGGUGUUGGUUCAUGGUUCGUGAUGAUCCCAGCCAUCCUAGCCAAGCAUCAUGGUGCUGCCCAGCUGGCCUCCUCCUACGGCCUCGUCAGGCUCUUCAACGGCGUCAUGAACUUCAUCUCACCACAGUUUAAUGGUCUUCUCUUCGACCUCACCAAUGAUUACGUUGUGUUGUACACGUUCAUGGGCUCGUGUAUGGUAACGGCAUCACUGAUGGUGUUGCUGCUGGUGCCGCUGGUGGUGCGCUGCAGGGAGCUCCUCGCUAGACGACAGGAGGAUGACUAUGUUAUAAAGAAUCCUGCAUGACAGAUAGAGAAACACUAACACACACACACACACACACACACACACACACACACACACACCUACACGUACAUACACACUGAGUAAAAGAAAAUCCUCGGAAAUAUUCUGUAUGUGAGGUGGGUUGUCCAUACACCUCGAGGUGUGUAUGUCCUAGUGUAUAGACACUAGAGUUUACUAGGGGUUACUCAUGACUGUUCUAGGGGUUAUUCAUGACUGUUAGUGUCCAGUUUAUCCACAGUGUUAAUGACCUCUAGAAGAAGAAAGACCAAGAGGUAUUUAGACCCACGAAGGUCUAAACCCUAAGGAGAUAUACCUCUAGAAAUUCUUCAUCCGUUAUACCGGGUAAAUUAUGUCUGAGUAUGCUGUACCUGGUGAGGACAAUUGGUAAAAUAUAAUCAUUCUAAAGGGAAUUUAUUAUUGAUAUUGAGUAACAUGUAAAGUAACAAUGAGUGGAGUUAAGGUGUGGCUUAUCAGAACUCUGCUUCACCAUCCACACUCUUAAAGUCUCACUAACGUUAAAACAUGUUAACACGAACAAUUGUAGAUGGAUGAUUGACAGAACCGACAUGUUGAUAAAUUAGACACAUGUGCAACU